AAUCCACCAAUUGCGAAAAUGUUGCAUUUUCACAAUAUUACAAAAGUUUGUGAAAAUGCAUUAAGAGCUGCAAAUUUAAAAUUAACAGAUAUUAAUGCAAUAGCUACAACUGUGAAACCUGGUCUUUUUUAUUCUCUCAAUGCGGGGACACAAUUUGGAAAAUAUUUAGCAAAGAUUGGAGAAAAACCUUUUAUACCAAUACAUCAUAUGCAAGCUCAUGCUUUGACAGCAAGAAUUAAUGAAAAGAUUGAUUUUCCAUAUCUUAUUUUAUUAGUUUCUGGAGGUCAUUGUUUAUUAGCAAUUGUUGCAGAUGUAAAUAAAUUUUACUUACUUGGUACUACAAUGAAUAAUGCACCUGGAGAAGUUUUUGAUAAGAUUACGCGAAGACUCAAAUUAAGAAAUAUUCCAGAAUUCAGUAGUUUAUGUGGUGGCUUAGCCCUAGAAACUGCAGCAAGUAAAGCAUCAGAUAUUAAUCAGUUUUCGUUUCCUCUUAUAAUGACAAAAGUGCGUAAUUGUAAUUUUAGUUUUGCUGGAUUAUUAUCCGAGAGUGUAAGAUGUAUUGAAGCAGAAGAAAAGAAACAUGACAUAAUUGCAGACAUGGUGAUUCCUGAUGUAUACAAUUUUUGUGCAGCAAUUCAAUUAACUGCUGUAAAACAUAUUUGUCAGAGAACUCAAAGAGCAAUGAAGUUUAUUGAUGACAUGUCAUUACUUCCUACAGAUAGACAGACAUUAGUUGUGUCUGGAGGAGUUGCAUGUAAUAAUAUUUUAGCUAAAGCAUUAAGUAUUUUAAGUACAGAAUUAGGUUAUAACUUUGUAAGAACUCCCCCUAAUUUAUGCACUGAUAAUGGAAUAAUGAUUGCAUGGAAUGGUGUUGAAAAAUGGAAUAGAGAUAUAGAGGUUAUCAGAGAUAUAAGUAAAAUUGAAAAAAUUACAGUACAAACAAGGGCUCCACUGGGAGAAGAUUGGACUAGAAAAGUAGAAGCAGCAAAUAUAUCGUGCAAAUGGAUAAAUAUAAGGAAAAAACUUUACCAAUAG